AUGGAGAUUCAUUUCUCUUCUCAAACAACACUAGCAACCACAUUUUCCAUUAUUGCACUCAUUUUCUUCCUCUUUAAAAUCUUGAACAAAAAUGGGACAAAGAUUGGAAAGAACAAAACCCCGCCUCAACCGAAAGGUUCAUUGCCAAUAAUCGGACACCUUCACCUGCUAGCUAGAGCAAAGCUUCCACAUAGGGCUUUAGGUAGUUGGGCGGAUGCGUUGGGCCCCAUUUUUUCCAUCAAGCUAGGUGUUCAUCGUGCUUUGGUGGUGAGUGAUCCGGAGAUAGCUAAAGAGUGCUUUACCACACACGACAAAGUAUUUGCCACACGACCCAAGUCCAUCGUGGUAGAGCUUAUGGGGUAUAAUUACGCGGUUUUUGGGCUAGGUCCAUACGGUGAAUACUGGAGGCAAGUACGCAAGAUGGCUACCGUGGAGCUUCUUUCUCAAAGACGUGUUGAGAUGCUCAAAUAUAUUCGUGUUCCUGAAGUUAGAGCAUCAAUGAAAGAUGUUUAUGAGGCUUGGGAAAGAAGCAAAAAGAGUGAUGCGGAUAUGGUACCGGUAGAGAUGAAACAACUCUUUGCAAACUUGGUAUUAAAUAUUGUUAGUAGAUCAAUUUCUGGAAACCGAUUUUCACUUGACGAUAAAGAAGCUGUUCGAGUACAUAAAGUAGUGAAGAAAGUCUUUCAGUUGAUGGGGACUUUUAUGGUGUCUGAUUACAUUCCUUCUUUAAACUUCUUAGAUUUUGGAGGAUAUAAGAAGGAAAUGAAGAUAGCGUCCAAAGAGUUAGACAGUAUUCUUCAAGGAUGGCUAGACGAGCAUAAGAAAAGAAGAGCGUCUGGCGAGCAACGUGAAGGCAAGCAAGACUUUAUGGAUGUGAUGCUUUCCAUCCUAGAAGGUGCUUCGAAAAGCGAGUUUCCAGGCUUUGAUCAUGAUACAAUAGUGAAAUCCACUAGUAUGGUAAUGCUUGCAGCCGGGUUAGAUACAACAUCCGUGACUUUGACAUGGGCUUUAUCUUUGCUUGUCAAGAACCCGAAAGUACUGAAAGCUGCACGAGAUGAACUUGAUUUCCAUGUCGGAAGAGAUAGAAUCGUCGAGGAAUCAGACAUCAAUAACUUAGUCUACCUCCAAGCUAUCGUAAAAGAAUCAUUACGUUUAUACCCAGCCGCACCCCUUUCAACUACUCAUGAGUCCUUGGAAGAUUGCGUCGUAGCCGGCUACAACAUCCCAAAAGGAACCCGCUUGAUUACAAAUCUUUGGAGACUACACCGUGAUACGAAUGUUUGGUCAAAUCCCGAUGAAUUUCACCCAGAAAGAUUCUUGGCAAGCCAAAAGGGUAUUGACCUCAAAGGCCAAAAUUUCGAAUUGCUUCCAUUUGGUAGUGGUAGAAGAAUGUGCCCUGCUGUUUCUUUUGCACUUCCGGUUCUGCAUUUAUCAUUGGCUAGUUUGAUACAGGGGUUUGAGCUUAAACCAUUGAAGGAGCCUGUUGAUAUGAGUGAAGUGUUUGUGCAAACUGUCAUGAGAGCAUCCCCACUUGAAGUCCUGGUCAACCCACGUUUGCCCAUUGAAUUUUACAAUGUUGAUGCAUGA